GCUUGGUCGUGUCAGUGUCGAUUCGUUGUAGCUGUCCGCUGUUGUCGGUACGGUGUAGCAAAGACUAGGAUGCGGUAUCGCGUAACGUUAUGGUACAUCUCGUGGCCGCGACUUCGUGAGAAGGUCGUCGAGGUAGUGGACGAGUCUCGCUAAAAGGGAAAUGCGGUAUAUCGUAUCGCGCGAGUGCAGACCAGGCUAACCUAAGCGAGGCUUGUUGUCGGUGAUUGUUUCGACGGUGUAAGUGGAAAGAGUGCGCGGGGACUCGCUUACGAAGGCGAGCACCAACCACCAGGGAGUCCCGGUGUCGGAGGGAUAUGCACGCGCACGUCAAGAUGUCGUCGGGAGGACACAGCAGUCGUACGCGAGCCGUGCACAUAGGUUCGAUAUUUCAGAAGCUCCACGGUCGUUUCGCCGACCCUAUGACACUGCCGAAACUCUCCACCGACAAACGGAUGUUGGAUAAAACCUGGAAGUUGAUGGACAAGGUGGUGAAACUGUGUCAACAUCAACGGAUGAAUUUGAAAAAUUCGCCGCCGUUCAUCCUCGACAUCCUGCCCGACACGUAUCAGCGGCUCAGACUGAUCUAUAGCAAAUACGAGGACAGGAUGCAGGUGUUGCAUAGUAACGAACACUUCUGCGUGUUCAUCAACAAUCUGAUGCGGAAGUGCAAACAAGCGAUCAAGUUGUUCAAGGAAGGCAAGGAGAAGAUGUUCGACGAGACUUCCCACUAUCGCAGGAACUUGACGAAGCUCAGCCUAGUCUUCAGCCACAUGCUGUCCGAAUUGAAGGCCAUCUUUCCCAGCGGUGUGUUCGCCGGACACAAGUUCCGCAUCACGAAAGCGGAUGCAGCCGAGUUCUGGAAAGAAAGCUUCGGUAUCAGUACAUUGGUCCCAUGGAAAGUAUUCAGAGACAAGUUAAACGAAGUGCAUCCAAUUAGUUCUGUGCUACAAGCCAUGGCAUUGAAAUCUACGAUAGAUCUUACGUGCAAUGACUAUAUCUCUAAUUUUGAGUUUGAUGUAUUUACAAGGUUAUUUCAACCCUGGUCUACGCUUUUACGUAAUUGGAAAAUUCUGGCUGUGACCCAUCCUGGAUACGUAGCUUUCCUUACUUAUGACGAAGUGAAAGCACGUUUACAAAAGUAUUGCAGACCUGGAAGUUAUGUGUUUCGGUUAAGUUGUACAAGGUUAGGACAGUGGGCCAUCGGUUAUGUUACAUCCGAUGGAGACAUUCUUCAAACUAUACCCCACAAUAAAAGUCUUUGUCAAGCGUUGCUCGACGGAUAUCGGGAAGGCUUUUACUUAUAUCCUGAUGGUCAUAACAUAAAUCCUGACCUAACAUGGGCAGUGCAACCCACUCCAGAAGAACACAUAAAAGUCACAGCAGAACAGUACGAACUAUAUUGCGAAAUGGGUAGUACAUUCCAGUUGUGUAAAAUUUGUGCAGAAAAUGACAAGGAUGUGAGGAUAGAACCCUGCGGUCACCUUCUGUGUACGCCGUGUCUCACAGCUUGGCAGGAUUCCGAGGGACAGGGUUGUCCGUUUUGCCGCGCUGAAAUUAAAGGAACCGAACAGAUAGUAAUCGAUCCAUUCGAUCCUCGAAGAACACAUCGGUCAGGAACCCAUUCGGCAUCUGUUAGUAAUGCAUCGACCCCCACGCGGGAUCUUGACCCUGACACCGAGGAAAUAAUGGAUCUCUGUAACGGGCACUGCGGGCUGAUAUGCGACGACUCGGACGAAGAAGAAGAUUCAAGUCCAACGAACUCCCCUGUCUCGACGCGAAGAAUCGUGCCGAGUCCACCGCUACCUCCUCGACGACCCUCACCGUCGCCUACGCCGAACAGCCACUCCAGGAACGGUCGUCACUUGACGGUACCAAAGGAAAAUGCACCGCCACCGCCGUUACCAGCAAUUAACACGGUAUUCAACUCCAGCGCUGACAAUCAACAAAACAAUAAUAUGAGCUCCGAGGCAGGAUACGACAUGCUGCAUCGCGCUUCUUCGCCAUCUCCAGCACCACCGGUACCACCGGUGCCGUUUCCUGUUGGCAGAACGCACGUCCGUCGAUCCCAAGGAAGUCACGUUACAGCGAUGCAACCGCAGCCACCGACAUUACCUGAAAAACCUAGACGUUCGAGUGGCCCAUCCUCGGCGUCGAGUCAAACGACGUCCAGCAAUAACGUGCCACCGGUUCCGCCUCCGUUAUCGGUGCCGCGACCGCCGAAGGCCAACAAAGAGCACAAUAAACAGGACCAUCAUUACGAAAACACGAUCGUGAUACCCGGUACGAGACAGCACGUCGUGAGGAACAUUAAUCUGGAAGCGAAUACGGCACGAUUGUCCGCCCUAAUGAGAGGUAAGGACGAUCCCACCGGUUCUGCUAAGCCAGAAACCGCGGCAUACGAGAACGUCAACGUCGAACACAUUACCAAGCUGACGGCUCUCGGAUUUGCGCAAGACGCCGUGAUUAGAGCGCUCGGUAUUACUAGGAACGAUCUUGAAAUGGCUUGCGACAUACUGCACGAAUUUGCCACGAAAUCGUCUUGACCAGGAUUGAACACGGACGGGUCAUAACUGGCCUUACUCGCCCCAUUUUGCAUGAACGUUGUAUGCAAUGUGUAGAACCUGUUGUCCCCUGUGCGUGGAAAAAAGGUGUUCCCUGUGGUUCAGACGUUCUUGUUCCGCGAGCAAUACGCACCUCGAUAACCGACGAAGAGAGUUACGUGUGCGAGUUAGUCGACAGUGUUCUCCAUGGUUUGCCUUGAAACCUCUACUGCACGAAUCUUUUUUGCACACGGUCGUAUUGGUUCUUUUACGUGUUGUCAUAUGACUGAACAAUCUUCGUGGAAGAUAUCUCGAAAUACUAGUGUAUUUCUUUUUCCUUACACAUACAUACACACAUACACACACACAUACACACACGCGUACACUCACACAUCAUGCAAUAACAACACACACAUACAAAAAAAAAAAGAAGACUGCUUAAAACUACGACAAGACGCGACGAAACACUAAUUGUAAGUAAGAGUGAUGAAUACGUUGAACUUCGCAAAGAAGUUCGCGCCCGUCGAGUACAAAGUAUUUCGUUUUCCGCGAUCGACGCGAGCGGAAUCGUUCUACAUCUUUCGCAUAGAGUAAUUAUACAUUUCUCUUUUGAAUACUUAAAAAUGAGAAUUAAUUACACGCGUUUAAAGGAAGAGCGCGUCCACGUAAAUGUACAGUGGUCAAACCCAACAGUACGUAGGAUGAUUUACAUAAUUUUCUCGUCUCGAUAUUCCUCUUUCUCGCUAUACGUUCCCCGAGGACAGGAAUAUCGGUUAGAUUUUUACAAGAUAUUUAAACGAUACCUCUCUUACGUAAGAUCGAGUUUAACUAGAAGCGAAUCAUGUGUAAUACUUUGUGUAACAAUCGCUUCGAUUUCUUCGAAGCGAGAGAAAUAUCCUUUGAAAUUCACGUGCCUCCUAGAAUUCAGUUCGCACGGAAUUUUCUUUCCUUUUUGUUAUAUCGCGCGUAGCGAUUAGCGUAUUUAUCGAAUGUGAUACUUCUGUUAAACGUACGGAUGUACGAACGCGAUCCUCGGCUACACCGAAUAACAUAUUGAUGCAUAGGAAAGCGAAACCCCGUUAAUUAAUAUCUCACCUCUCGAGGCAAAAUUGUAAAAAGUAGAGUAAAGAGAAGAGUAUCUAAAUAAAUUUCGGAAACAAUUGGAACGAAUAAAUCAUGUAUUUAUGGGUCACAAUCCGUACACGUUUGACGAUCGAUCGAUCGACGCGAUGGUUCACUUUGCGACACUUUUGGUCGGAACAGUUUACGGUAUGAUACAAGGAUAAAAAUACUCUUAAUCAUAAAUUUUCUUCUGCGAGAUAUAUUUUAGCGCAUGUUCAACGGCAAUCCCUCGUAAUUCUGUGGCUUUUGUCGUAUCGAUUCAUAUCUAUAUUGUUAACGGUUGUAAAAUCUUAUUGUAAGUACACAUAUGGAACUUUCUUUCGCGUAAUUAGUUACCACGAGUGAGUAAAAAUGUAUCGUACAUUUACACAUCGAAAUAACUGCAUCGUAAUCAAUCCUACCUCGCGACCAUACCAAAGGCACGUCGUUAUUAUUCUGUACAAAAGGAAGUGUAUUAUCGGGUACCCCGAUACCUUGUAUCCAGAGGUUCUUAGCAUUGCGUGUCAAUCAGAGAUAGACAGAAUUUAUUCGAAUAAUAACGAGAAUAAUUUAGAUUGUAAUUUCCAUCGUACUCGGAUGAUAAUUUCGCCCGUCUCUGAUGUCAACGCUCGAUCGUAAGUUUAUCAUCCUAUGACCACACUUUUUUUUGUAAGUUCAACGAUACAUCUGUAAAAAGUAAUUGCAAUCUCCAGUCACCUUUUUACGUACAUUGUUUCUUCUGAAAGUAAUGUGCCCAUAGAUUCUAACCUUGGGCACCUCAAUGAUCACGACCAGGUUGGGAACUCCUGGAUUACGGAAUCAGGGCACGAGUCACAGGGUUGCGAUUAUAAAAUAUAAAACUCAAAAGAAGCACAAUUUGUCGUUUGAACUUACAGAAUGACCACUUUCAGAGGGAAUAAACGUUUAUUUAUUCUAAUGAUUAUGAAUCUGCAUGGAAACAAUUAUCUCGUCGCAAUAUCGUAUCCACUAAUGGAGCCCUUAGCCUUUGUUAUCGAAUUUUAUGUCUGGUAUAGAUGCGCUCGGUGAAUUUAGCUGUCCUAUUUUUCUACAUUGUAUAUUUCGGAUCGAUGUAUCGCAUCAUGUGUCGUUGGUAGAUACGAUGAAACCAUUUGAGGACCGUGCCCUCGAGAAUAUGUUUCGGCACUGCUACUGUUCUUUGUCGCGCACUACCGUAUAAGAGUAACCAUUUUGGUGCAAUAUCUAGGGUAGACCGUAAAUACCCUCCUUGAUUUAAUUAUUCGUUGUAAAAAUUGUUUUACAUAUUUCCC